GAAAGCGAGGAUAUUAUAGUCAGAUAAUUUCUAUCGACACAUAGUACACUCCCUUUCCUUUCCUAUACUCCAUUGCCCCCUAUCGGUUGACUUGUGUGAAACGUGUAUCCUCUCACUUCUUCAAUCAAACGAGUCUUGGUGAAUAGUUGUAAUAAUUUGCUGAUUGUGAAUGUAUCAAGUUUAUUGGAUUGUUACCCCCAAACUCGCACUGUUACCAUGAUGAUAUUUAUAUUUUUAUGGGAUCAAUUAUGGGCAUCGAAUACUUCAUACCUACAUGGGUAGCUGCAUACGAGACCGAUAUACCUGGAACUUUGAAUCAUUGGCAAUGAUGUGGCAUGUAACAUCUCAGAACAUGUUUCAAAAACAUGAAUUUUCUAUUAAUUUUGUAAUAAUAAUGCUGCUGACCUUAUCAUUGAUAGACCAUCAAGUUAUCGGACAAAAUGAGAUUGAUCCAGCUGGUCAAGGAGUAUGUACUCAUUUGGUCAGUCAGUCAGAUACGAUUGUUACAUCAACGAUGCAAAGCAGAAUAGUUCCGUACAGCGGUGAAUGCUCGUUUCAUCAUCAUACCUCUGCCUGUAUGGUCUAUAAAGUAUCAUAUCAACCAAUAUACAAGAUCACUUCUAGGUUGAAUUAUAUAACGCAAUACAAGUGCUGUUACGGCUGGAAGAGAGUCGGCCAGAAAUGUGAAAAAGUUCCAACAACUGCGCCAAAACCACCACAAGGCCCAAUUGUACCUAAUGUAGGAUAUCCGAUCCAGCCAGGCCUCGGUGGAAGAGGACAAAGACCAAAUCCUGGAUAUGGCAUUGGCCACAGAGGGUUCGGACCUGGAGCCUUUAAACCAAGGCCAGGAUUUGGUGCACCAACCACGACAGAAAGCCCGCCAAACAGGGGUGGACAGGGUGGUAGACCAAAUUUUAAUCCAAGACCAGGAUUUGGACCAGGAAGUGAUAGAGGGUUCGGCCCUAGAACAGAAACUGGAACUGGUGGUGGUGGAAGGCCAAACGUUGGAAGGGAUCCUGGAUAUGGAUUUCAAGGAACGCAGAUUCCUGAUUACUCCGGUGGGCCACAAUAUCCUCAAGGACCUCAGUUUGGAACCCCACCAUUGACACCAAAUCCUCCUGGAUCUCGCGGUCAUAUUGGAGUUAAUGCUGGCAGGGGAAGACCAAACAAUGGAGGUCCAGGAAAUGGUAUUAAACCAGGGGUAAUACCUGGUAGAUUCCCUGAUAAAACAAAAGGAAAUGGACCUGCAGAGGAAGACAAAAAGGGAAGUGGACAUAUGAACACAUCCAAGAAAUCAGGUAGCAUUGUGACUAUAAUGGGUGCUCUUCUUGGUGUCUUCGGACUAUUUGGACUAGGUGCAUUGUUAAUGAUGUACCUUAGUAGGACACGUGAUACUUCAGGACGAAGAAGUGUUAGACUUAGAAGGUCAUCAUUGAGAGAUGCUGCUGGACGCGAUUCAUCGGAGGCUCACAAAUCAUGGAAAUUCUCAAUUUAUCAGUUCCGUCUUCAAUGAUAUCAGUCUAUUCAAUGAGUCACAAUUCAAUUUUGAACUUCUAUACACAACCAUACACGUAUAUUAAAACCUUCCAAGAGGGAACGUUUAAAGAAUGGGCAUCAAUAAAGAAGACCAAUUCAUAUUUAGUUUUGAGAAUAAUACUGCUUUACUAAUUAUAACGGAUUUAAAUAUAAAAAAUAAAUUGGAUAUAAAGAUCGAAACACAAAAUACAGAAGUAGCUGAUAUCGCUUGAUUAAAAAAUAUUUAUUUGUAGAUCCAGUUUAGUGUCCAGAUGAAGGAACAAACGUCUGAAAUAAUGUGUAUACUAAUUAUAAUAUCUCAAAAGUUUAAUUGCUCCUUCAACUUGAGAGAUUGCCAUUCUUGUAACCUCCUCUGAUUUAACGAAGAGUUUCCUUAUUGUCAAAUCUGCAAAAAAAAAUUGGGUUUUUUUCUUUUUAAAUAGUGUAAUGCAUUGCCAGCUUUCACAUUUGCAUACCCCACGUUGUACAUACAAAUGCGUUGUGAGAAAUGAAUAAGGACUGUGUAAAAGUCAUGACUUUCUAAAAUUUUCAUCUAAUUUUGAUCAUAUUGUUGUUGAAACUUUAGGGUUAUGCAAAUUUGAUUUGUUUAAAUCUUAAACCUCUUUUUCUCGGGUGCACUUCAUCUUCUAAAGGGCCAAACCGAAGAGUACAUGCCUUUAAAUUAAUAUGGAACAUUUUUCCAUAACAUACUAAAGAGGCCAAUUAGGUAAAAAGUUCCAAUACAUACACAACCCUAUCCACUUUUUCUCUCUUUUUUUACUAUUUAAACCACGUUCAUAUAAUCAUAUCUGACACAGAGCACCAUCUGAAAAAUCGUUCCUAGAGUAAAUGCUGAUUUGUGAAAUUAUAUCGUUUUCAAAACUGAACCGAAUUCAAUUUAGUUCUGACAAAAGCAGAAAAAAUGAAAUUUAUAUCAGUUAGUAUGGCAAAAAUGCAGCAGAAACUAAUAGAAUUAUGUUUGGGGAUAUAUUUAUCUUAUGUCAAGAAUGUGCCAAAUUUUAAAAACUUUAUGAACAAUAAAGGGUUCAAUUAAAUUUAAAAUCUAAGUUGCACGCACAAAUUUAUUUUAGUUGUGCACCACGGAGUGUUCUAAUUGAUAGAUUUGCUUUUUGCUUUGAUUUAUUGUUUUCUUCUGCUGUCAUACAUUCGUAUAUUAUAUUUUUCGUUACAUAACAAACGUAACAUAUUGAUUACUCAUUUUUGGCAUGAAUCAUAGAGAAAAAAAUGGGCUGAAUAAUAAUAAUUCAAAACAAAAAUGAUCUACGAUAAAAUUAUUGUAUGAUUCACAAUUUACAGGAUUGUCAUCAUAAGCAGAUUGCUUGAAAAAUAAAUGACAACCUAGAAUUAAAACUCAUGAAAUUGAUAAUACAUGCAGCAGAAUGGUUAUGUUCAUAUUUUGAAUAAUGUAGAUAGAGAUGAUAAGGAUGAUGGUGACAAAGAUGGAUUGUAUACACUCUUCUAAACAAUUCCCGCAUUAUAUUGGACAUAGACACUGAGUAUGUUGCUGCCAAAUCCCGUUUCGGGUCAAAUGUGAUAACAGGCCCAAUGUGAAAUAUGGAACUAGAACGCACUAACAGAUGUACAGAUAUCAUUUUAAAAUCAUUGGUAUUUUUAAAUUCAUUACUUGUCGGCAUAUGCAGACUUGCUGUACUCCACCAACUUUAUUGAUGAGUGUGAGCAGGUCACUUACUAACUAAGUUUUUGAGUGAUUUUGGAUUUGAAAGAAUGACUUUAUCAAUGUUGUGUCCAUGUUUAAUUCGUUCCAAUCUUUAGUAGUUCGAAGGAGGAAGCUUUAUUUAUGUAGACGCAGGAGCUUGAUGCUAUUUCCUCGAGUCUGGCGGGUAGUUUGCUGGAUGAAGUUUUUUUGGUUGAUGCUGCAACAAGACCUUUGAUUAUUUGGAACAUUAGGCUCAGUCUACUGUGUUUCCGUCUGACUUCCAAUGAGUACCAUUCUAAGACCCGUAACAUGGUUGUGCUGGUUCGUCUGUAGCUCCCCAUACAGAAACGAGCUGUCUUUCUCUAAAUGGCUUCUAUCUUCUCGGUAUCCUUCUUGUAACGGAGCGGGGAUCCCAUGCAGGGGAGGCGUAUUCCAGGAUUGGUCUCACCAACGUUUGGUAGGAAAGUUGUUUUUAUUUCCUUGGCAGCAGACCAGGUUCCUUCUCAGGAAACCAAGUACUCUGGUAGUCUGUUAUCCAUUUCAACACCAAGGUUAGGCUCUUGUCGAGGCCAUGGCGGCUGCUUCCCGAGCGAAGCGAGGGAUUUCCUCGAAGCGCGCGAAUAGGCCUGCUCGCGGCGCUCUGCAUCCCUUGCUUCGUCAUGUUCGCUCGGAAAGCAGCCGACAGGGCCUCGACAAGAGGCUACACCAAGGUGAGAGCAUGUAGACACUUCUUGUAGUUUUUGGCCACAGAAGGUGUAAUCUCUUUCUGCAGGAGUCUUUACUGGCCUUGGAUGGUACUUGCAUGAUGACACAUUUGGCUGGAUAGAAGGACAUGGCCCAUUUAUUCUGCCACUCUUCUAGUUUUGACAGAUCGUCUUGGAGGAUUUGAAAGUCAUUGUGCCAAAAGUGUAAAUGACGCAAUCAUCGGCGAACAGCCUUGUCGUUGACAGGAGGCCAUCAGGUAGAUCAUUGAUAUACAUAAGAAAAUCUAGUGGGCCUGUUAAUGUGCCCUGGGGCACAUGAGAGCACUGGCAACUCCUUAGAGGAAUAUGACCAAGACUGUUUGAGAGAAAUGUCUUUCCCACUUUAGGAGCGAUCCAGUAAUGCGCAAAAUGAUUAAACUUUACUCAGUAGCAGACCAAUAAUGUUCCAAUCGAAAAAGAAAUAGCUCUUUUUGUUCGCAUCAUUGUUAAUGAUGAUGAAACAUAAAACAAAUGCUAUAUAGCUCAAAGCAAACAAAUAGCCUAGAAAAAGCAUAUUUUUUAAGAAAUUAAAAAAGUGCGCAUCCUUGCAUUUGAUUUUGGUUUUAUAUCAGUCGCGAUUAUGAGAAUACAAUCAAAGCAGUGUAUGCCUUAUCUUAGCCAAUUAAACUUUCAAGCACUUGCUUAUUAUUUGCUCCACAUGUCCAUACUUAAAUUCCUUUAUCGGGUCCUUCAUGCGUAAUGAUUCAUGCAAAACACUUUCCAAAGGCUAAAAAAUCCAACUGCCUCUUUUAUGAGGUCAAUCCAUUAUCAUUUUUAUCAUCAUUAUGUCACACUUCAUUAUAUAUAAUUGACUUAAAGUCAAUAUUCAUCAUUGUCAUGGGUGCCGAUCGAUGUUAAUGGUUGGAAAAUGACUGACAUAAAUUUUGUUUUCUGUGAGUGAUUUUUUUUUUCACCCCAUGCAGCAAAAACUGUCUCAACGCGACAUUUGUGCAAAAACUGACACCACAAACGGUUACCCCUUAGAGAAAUUGUCGCCUAAUUUAGGCAACAAUUUGUGGAGGAAGGGACGUACACCACAACGUUGCCCCAUUUCUUCUCACCACUAUCCUAAUACAGCAGCAACUGCCAACACACGCUAAUACAAAAGAGUUAUAAAAAAAAACACGUUUUAGGUUCAUUAAAAAGUGUUAAUGCCACCCCACUUUCCUUUUCACUGCAUAGGCAUGAAUCAUUACACGCAAUACAACUAUAAUAGCACUCUAUUGAACAACAGGCAUCUGGAUUGAUUACUCAACCAUCAAUGACACAUUCUCCCCUCCUCUCUUUUUCUCUCUCUCUCCUUCUCCCUAUCUCUAUGCAUCUCUCUUAACAUUGAUCAUGUUGAUGCUUCAAACUACACACCUCAUUUUAGGGUGUUUUUUGCAAUAAAUCAAUAAUGGUGAAUUACUUUUCUUGCAUUUUCCAAACGUGAUAAUGAGAAUUAGACCAAAUAUAUAUUAGACCAAUUGCAAAUUGGACCAAAUUAUUAGUAGACCAAAUGGGUUAAGUCCAUGUGUUGAUAGACAAACAGAGAAUUAGUCCAACUGUUGUUAGACCAAGUGAAUAAACUGAAUUUCUAUAAAAUAUAUAUCAGCCUCCCCCAUUUAGAUCAAACGGUGAGUAUCAAAUUGGCUAUUCCACGAUUCGGCAAUUAUACCUAGUGGUCAUGAGACCAAGCAAGAAUUCGACCAAGUCGUACAUAAAUUUUAACCAGACGGUCACUAGAGCAUAUGGCUUUAGCUCAUAUGGCAUUAGACGAUCAGAGUAUUUGACCAACUUCUACUGCUAAAUUAAUAAAUAAAAUCAAUAAAUAAUACAAAUAAAAAUACGCACACACACACACACAACCUUACCAACACAACGCUCACCUCUAACACAACACACACAACCUUACAACAAACAGCGACACGGAAGCACAUACACUACUCAUCAGACUGGUGGUUGAAGAAAAUUUGAGCAUGUUGAUGGGCGACGGUGGUUCAAGGUUUCUUUUUACUUACACAAAUUGGCGCCUCGCUUCGCCACGCGACAAAUUGUCGCGAGACGACAAUUUGUGCAGGGGUGACAAUUUGUGGUGUCAGUAUUUGCACAAAUUGUCGCAGGUUGACAAUUUGCGGUGCAACAGGGGUCGAGAGCAAUGCAAGUAUAAUUCUUUAGUGGGCCACACAUGGUGUAAAGGACAAAUUAAAACAGCGAGGGUGCCAAGAUUCUGACUUUUUAAAAUAAAAUGAAAUUUAGUAAUAAAUUAUUUUGACAUAUUUUAACAUAUCCUAUUCGCCAUUUGUCUUUUCCUUUCUUUCUUAUGUGAGAUAUACAUGUAUCCUCCAUCCCCGAGAUGAACACCUAUGAUCAUUAUUAUCAUCUUUGCCUUUUAUUAUCCCUAUUGCCUUCUGCUCUCAAUGUCAUGAUAAAUCAAUCAUAUUCCAUUUAAUUUCUCAGAAUAUAGAGCAGGGAUUCUCAAACUUUUUCUUUGAAGGGCCAGAUGAGACUCCAAGUAAAACUGAAAGGGCCAGGGUGAAAUAGAAAAAAAAUGUGCGCGAAGCGCGAUGACCCUUGCAGUCGGGGUCCUAUAUGCUCUCUUGUGCAAUCUGGCCCUUAUUUUGGGAGCAUUAAUCCAACAAAUUUAUAACAGAAUCAUAUGGAACGCAGGCAAAAUUAGAAAAGAUUUCAAAAUACAGCGAGAGUCAAUAUUAAUGAUAACGAAAUUGUAGUACUUUGUUAAAAGGAAUCUAGAUUGUACCUAUGCAUACCUGGUAUUGGGGAGAUAAUAAUAUCUUGAAGUAUCAAUAUGUUUUGUAGUCAAAGUAGAAUGAAUAAUAGAGCAUGUCUGUUGUAGACUCUAACAAGGAUGUCAGUCUCCUGGUCACUUUCAAUAUAUGGGAAAAGUGACAGUCUGUCAGCAAAAAGUUGCUUGAACCUUGGCACAAAAGGUGUAAUUGCCAGGGGCCGCGGAAGCGGGUGGGGGGCUUCAGUCCCCCACCUUUUUCCCGAACCAUGUACAUAAACGUAAAAAUUACCAUAUGAUUGUAAUUUUUUUGCAUGGCCAGCCCCCCCCCCCUUGAAAACCGUUCAGCGGCCCCUGUCAAGGUACUUCGGCAUGAGUUAGUUCUUUAAAAUGUUCAUUGUGGAAAGUGCACUUUGGCACCUGUAUGUAGAUCCAAACAUGGUGAGAACAGCGCUGGUCAUCUAAUAAGAAAGUAGAUCGAACAGACGGAAAAGACUCCACUAAAUUUUAUUUAUUUAAAAGUCAAAUUAAUUUGACUGCCAUACGUAAUUUUAUUACGGUUAGGGCUACAAGGAUACACAAUAAUUGAGCUAUGUUUCAUAUUGUGACUUAAAAGUGAUUAAAAAAAACCCAGCAGAGUCUCGCGGGCCGGAUUGAGAAGCUCAGCGGGCCGUAGUUUGAGAACCCCUGGUAUAGAGGAAUUAAAUCGAGUCAAUAAGUGUUUACUAUUAUAUGUACAUGUACAUCUGAUCUCUUCAUCAUAAACAGAAAAGGUUCAUAGUUCUUCGUAUGUUACGUAAUAAGGGAUAUUAAGUACUCAAGUUUGAAAUAUCAUUUACUUUGGAUAUGAAUGUCAUCUCUUGAUAUUAAAAUUUUAUAUUUGUGCUAAAGCUUAACAAGUUUGUCAAUUUUUAAUUUUUGUUAAAAAAUGUCGAUUUCGAUAUCAAGCAGCCAAUUGCAUUCCAUAAAAACAGUCAUCAAAUAAUCGGAUUUAAAAUCUGAAUGUUAUGACAUUUGGAAAAAAAAUACACUGAAAAAUCCAUACAAAGUAGUCAAGGAAUAACCAAGUCAUGACAUUUCAAAGUCUUAAGAUUUUUAUUUCAGCAACGGCCCUAUACAUGCACGUCUUAAUGGAUAUACAAUGAGCAGACUGGUGGUGUCAUAUCCCCACUUAUACUUUUAUGCUAUUCAAAAUUUGCCUUCCAAGAGGAAAAAAAAAGAUUGACUAAAUUGUUGCUGCAACUUAGUUUGCUACAAGGAAAAAUGUCAUACACACAUGCAUGCAAAUGUGAAAUAAUUAUCCUUGAUUCGGGUAAUACAUGGGACAUGUAAGAAAAGGGAAAGUCACGGGGACUUGAUAUCAUCAGCCCAUCUAAUGAAUAUUCAUUUACCUUGGAAGUAGGCAUAAAGUUAUACACAUCUUAUUUGCCCCCUCUGCAUCCAAAAGUUGGUACCUAAAUCUAGCUCAUAAAUGUAUGCUUGCAUUUCAGUGUUUUCACAAAAUAUUACUGAACUUAAACAUUGUGAUAUCUUCGUAAUUUGUUCUAAAUUUUUAAUGAAACUUUAGUGUUAGAUAUGAUUAUUUUCAUCGCGGAGUUGCCUUGCUUUUAAUUCCAAAUGCCGCUACUCAAUUCCAACAUCGGCGCUUGUUUUAUUCAACACUGGUGCAUUUGAAAAAGAUAAGUCCCUAUAUUGAUUUCAACUCCGGCGUCGGUAAAAACCUACGAAAGAAAAGUGCCACGAAGAAGAGGAAGAAAAAAACACAACACUAUUUCUACUAUGCAGAUUGAGUUUAGCUCGUAUACAGAUCGCAACAUCUCUUACUGAGCUCGGAAUGACUCGUAGUGCGAGUUGUGUACCGUGGGUCACAGCAUGGGGAGGGGG